AUGCACCAGUUUUAUCAUGGAAAGUUGACUAAUCGGGUCACUGAGUUUCCAGUCUCGAUUCAAGGAUUGCCGACACUUGAACAUCAAGAUCUUCCUCAUUUUGGUAGUAAUAUACCAUAUCAUUUUGCGUAUGUGGCUGAGCAGUUUUCAAAUGUGGAUCAGGCGGAUUAUGUCCUUGUCAACACAUUUUAUGAGCUGGAAAAGGAGGUGGUGGAUGAAUUUUCCAAGCACUUGCCAGUUCUGACAGUAGGACCAACAAUUCCCACUUUCUACCUGGAUAGGAGAGUUGUGGAUGACAAAGAAUAUGGAAUCAUUUCAGCAGACAAUGACCCCUCAACAUGUUUAAAUUGGCUAAAUAAUAAACCAGCCAGAACAGCAACUACUACCUCUUUUGGUCUGUCAAAUCUUUUGAGGCUGAAAAGUUGCCAAAAAAUUUUUAAAGAUGAAGCAUCUGAUAAAGGCCUCGUUGUACCAUGGACUCCACAAUUGGAAGUACUAUCGAGCGAGGCUGUAGGAUGCAUUUUUUCACAUUGUGGUUGGAAUUCAACACUUGAAGCCUUGAGCCUAGGAGUGCCAAUAGUGGCAAUGCCACAAUUUGCUGAUCAACAACCACAUGCUAAGUUUAUCCAGGAUGUUUGGAAGGUGGGGAUUAGAGUGAAGCAUGAUAAGAAUGGACUCGCAACAAAGGAAGAAAUUGGACGAUGCAUUAAGGAGGUAAUGGAAGGAGAAACAGGCAAAGAAAUAAAGGAAAAUGCUAUGAAGGUUUCCAAUUUGGCUAAAGCGGCAGUUAGUGAGGGUGGAAGUUCAGAUACAAGUCUCAAUUACUUUAUAAGCAAGAUAACAAGUUCCUCUUGA